CGCUAUCUUAUCUUGGUACUGUUAAUUGCCUGUUUAAGUAUUUUGUUCGCCAAUAUUAUCCUCUACAGUAUUGCUGUGAUAUACGAUGACUAUCAGAAUACUCAGUUGUGGAGAUCGAUGCAUUUGACACAACUAUCUUCUGUAGAAAAAAGACGAUUUUUACGAAGCACUGCCAGCGGUAGCAAUUUGGGCAGUUCAGAUAUAAAGAACAGACAUUUGAUGGAAAUAUUGGGAACAAUAAAUUUCAAUUUUAAUAAAACAGUUGAAUCAUAUGGAACAAACAAUGUAACGUUUGCUCCUGGGCAUGUGUUCUCAGAUAUAAGUGCAAAUGAAGAAAGGACAACGAUUAGAUCGAUUGAUGUGGAUCUUCCAAUCCUUCACAGUCAUAAAGAUAGCGAACAGCUGACGUAUAAAGAUGGCCUACAGCUCGACAAGGACAGGCAGUGGGAUGGCAAUUUGAAAGAUGGCGGUGAAAAAUCGAGACAGCAAGUUGAAAUAGAAGGUAUUGCACACAGAACACCGGAGGAGAAAAUGCAGCACUUUUUGAUUUGGACUUCUCCCGGCAUUGGAAUGUUUUGUGGAUCAUUCUCUACUUCUUGGUUUCUUCGGUCAUUUGGUGGUCGUCGAUUUUUUGCUGUUAUGAUGGUUGUAUCAGCUGUAGCAACUGCCUCGCUUGCCAUAACACCUCAAAUUAAAUACGGCCGAUAUUUAACAGCUUGCAUGCGAUUUAUCCAGGGUUUGGUCUUUGCCAACGUUUAUCCAAUGAUCGCUUCAGUGACGGCAAAUUGGGGAACUCUCAAAAAGCAAUUUCUAUUUUUGGUUUGUUGUACAUCUUUCAUUCAGCUGGCACCUUUAAUUAGUUGGCCGAUUUCGUCUCUUAUAUUCGCUCAUGAUUAUCGAACACCAUUUCUGAUACAUGCAGCACUAACCUUUUUACUGGCAUUAGUUUGGUUGGCAAUGUUUCGAGAAAAGCCACAAUAUCACUCUUCAGUAAAUGGACUUGAACUGAACAAAAUUGUGGCAGGAAAAAUUAAGGCUGAAUACAACCGAAUUUUGGCAGAAAAUCCUAGCCGACUGUUGCUAAUGUCGUUUCCGGUUUGGGCGAUUUGGAUUGCUGCUUGUAGCUAUUUCCUUGUGGUAUCGGUUGCUGUUCAGUUUUUGCCCUUAUACUGCUUGCUGAUUGUUCAUGAAACUCGUGCGGAUUGCGCACUACUGGCUGCCGUGCCUUUCUUGUUUAUGUUUAUAACGACGCAACUUCAUGGAUUAUGGCAUCGUUUUGCGAAACUUUUUAGUGAGAGGAUGUCAAUACUAGCAUUCAAUAGUAUCUCUUUUGUUAUUUGUUCACUGAUUUUUAUUUUCCUUGCAAUAUUUCCUCCUGGCGGCACAUUUCAUCACAGUGCCGUGGCGGCAUUCACUUUAAUUCUAUGCAUUUUGUCAUUUUCUGUUUACGGGUUUUACCGUAGUGCGGUAUUGGUAGGCCGUUUUUUUGGACAAUUUAUAGUUUCCUAUAUUCGGUUUUUUACUGGAUUUGCAUUUUUCUUCACAGCUGCUGUUGCUGUUUUCUUUGUGGAAGAAAAUAAUGCUGAUGAGUGGCGAGUGAUCUUUUUGAUGUUAGCAGCCCUUCUCUUAAUUUCUGCUGCCGUAUUUGGAAUGUUUGGAAGUGCUUUACCAGAAGAAUGGUCGAAGGAUAGCUGGGAUCCGUCAACUGCACGUCCAAUGAUUACAGUUGAGCAAAUCGAUUAUCAUGCGGAUGAAUGUGGCGUUUUAGAAAUGAGAAUUUUAAGAUGAUUUAUUGUCCUUCCUUCCUGUUCACUUUGUACAUACUGUAGAAAAAUGCCGAUAAAUGUUCUGUUUCA